AUUUGCAGAUUAGAGAAGUAAUGUCUCAUUACUGGAUCGGCGAUGACAGUCAACAGAACAACUGGUACAGUAGUGAGGCAAGUUCCGGUUGGGGGCGGUAUGAUAAUAGCCAGCAGCAACCAUCGAUCCCUCAAGGUUCAACCUAUUAUGAACAAUAUCAACAGCAACAGGCACAGAAUACAAACCUGUAUAGUGGUCAGUACUUCAUCCCGUCUCAGCCGCAAGCUCUGCCUACUGAUGAUUUCAAGAACGAACCACCACUCUUGGAAGAGCUUGGCAUCAAUUUUAGCCACAUCAGACAAAAAACAUUUGCCGUACUGAAUCCCGUUGGCUCUGUGGCACCCGAUGUGAUUGCUGAUCAAGACUUAGCUGGUCCGCUUGUAUUUUGUCUUUUAUUUGGUGCUGCCUUGUUGCUUCACGGAAAGAUUCAGUUUGGAUAUAUUUAUGGAAUCGGUGCUCUGGGAUGUGUCGGAAUAUACGCUUUGCUAAAUUUAAUGGCUACUGAUAAUUCGAUUUCAUUCACCUGUACUGCUAGUGUUCUUGGAUACUGUUUAUUACCAAUGGCUAUUUUAAGUAUGAUAGCUGCAAUCUUCUCUUUUCAGGGUGUGUUGGGUUACUUGAUUGCAAGUGCGGCUGUAAUAUGGUGCAGUAUUGCUUCAUCUAAACUGUUUAUUACGACAUUAUCUUUGGAUGGACAGCGAUUGCUCGUCGCAUACCCAUGUGCCUUGUUAUAUUGUGUUUUUGCCCUUCUUGCUAUCUUUUAAGGUGUAUUGAUUUGUUGGGAUUCGUACGAAUUAUCAGAAGUGUUCUGUUUCUCUCGUUCGAUAUUGCAGUAAUAUCGUUCUCGUUUUUUUGUAUCGUGUGAUGUCGCAACAUCAAUCAUUAGUCGAAGAAUAUAAAGUAAAUGCAUUCUUCCCGAUCUAUGGCAAGAUAUUAGCAUAUUAUUUAGGUUCUACCAGUCGACCUUAAAAUAAUAUUCCAAUCUUAUUUCCAGCUCAAAAAAAAUAUGUAUGAAUGACAAAAAGAUGAUAUCCUUCUUUCUAUGUACAUGCAUACUUUUUUUCUGCCACUGGAUAUUGUUAAUUGCUCUACAGCAGCAGUAUGUCACUCUAUGUAAUCAUUGAAUAAACGAUCUUUGCG